AUAGGCGUCAGUGUGUCAGGCAUUUUGGAUUACGGUCUGACCGUUAUGUUGAUCUGUACCGUGGAAUCUGUACCUUUGUGCUGCUAAUGCUGUAUUAUACGAUGUGACGUGAUGGGGGGUCUGUGAUACUCAGGUGAGAUUUCACCUGCCUCCCUUAGGUUUUUUUAUUGCCCCCACCCCCGGGGAAGUAUGGAGGGGACAGAAGGAGAAGCAGGCUCGGGCACGCUAUUAGUGCUCGAUCCUAAACCGUUCAAACCUUUCAAAAGCAAAGAUGAAUACCUGUACGCUAUGAAAGAAGAUCUGUCGGAAUGGUUUUAUUGUUUGUACAGAAUCGAUAUUUCUGUGGAUAAUUUCUUUGAAGUUUUGGAAACAGGCGUGAUACUGUGCGAUCACGCGGUCAGCGUUCAGAAUUUCGCACGCGAGCGUCGCAUUGUUCACGCGGAUUUGGAAUUACGCUCCUACUUCAUCCGCGAAAUCCCUGAUGGGGGAAUCCCCUGCAAACAUGGCGUCAAACCCAAGACGUUCCAAGCCCGCGACAAUAUCUCUAACUUCAUCAGCUGGUGUCGGAAGCUGGGGAUUCCCCAAGUGCUGCUCUUCGAAACGGACGACCUCGUUUUGAGGAAGAAUGAGCGCAGUGUUGUGCUGUGUUUGCUGGAAGUGGCUCGGAUUGGAGCCAAAUUGGGGAUGCUGGCUCCAGUUUUGGUUCAGAUGGAGGAAGAAAUCGACGCUGAACUGGCAGGGGAUCCGCCUCCUCAAAUCAAAACAUGUGAUCUCAGGUCCCUGGACGAAAUGGUCCGGGAACUUGUGGGGAGAUGUACUUGCCCAGCCCAGUUCCCCAUCAUCCAGGUGGGAGAUGGCAAAUACAAGAUCGGCGACUCACAGACCCUUAUAUUUGUGCGGAUCUUGCGAAAUCACGUGAUGGUGAGAGUUGGAGGCGGCUGGGACACAUUGGAGAAUUACCUGGACAAACAUGACCCUUGUCGCUGUGGCUUUAGAGAUAGUCAGCAAGCAGAGUUGCUUCCCUUCUGCCUUUGCCUGUUGUCCUCCACCAUCCCACCUUGGAAUGAACGAAAAGUCACAGGAACCCUCCGGCUUCUGGCCAAUACGGGAGUAAGCCCGGGGCCCAGGGGGCGCCGAACCAGCGCCCCUAGCGUCCAGCAAACCAAACCCCAGACCGCACGAUCGAACAGAAGCAUGUCGGUCGCGGGACCCACUGCCGCCCCACACAUGCAGACGACGGAAUUCCAGCACAUGCGCAGUCCGUCUCCUGAGCGCCAAGUUCAUCGGAAGCUGCCUCCACGAGUCAGCCUAGGGAGUCUGGGAAACAUCGCUGAGCGAAGUGUUAGCGGUAAGCCUCAGAAUUCUGUUGGGAAUUACGAUACAAGGGACAAUACCUCUCUGGCGGCGUAUCGCGACAGAUCUCAUUCCCCGUCUCCCCUGUCAGAUACUGGGUCAACUGGCAAAUCGAGGUCGUAUUCUCAGCUGGGAGAGUCCCCUUACAAACAAGAUCCCGUCUCUAGGAGUAAAUCACCGGGACCGAUUCCCAGAUCCAGCGCUGUUAGCAGAGACGCGUCCCCCGAGCAGCCAAGCCGACCGAAAACACCCGUGAAUCGAUGCAAGUCUCCUGGAAUCCCCAGAGCAGUUUUUUCAACACGGCCCAGCUCUCCGGAUUUGAACUCUCGCCCCGGGACACCCGUGCUUCGGAGUAAAUCCCCUGGACCUGUGAACAGGAGUAAAUCUCCUGGACCUGUGAACAGAAGUAAGUCCCCUGCUCCAGUAAACAGAAGUAAAUCCCCUGGGCCUGUGGGCAGGAGUAAAUCCCCUGCUCCCAUGCAAACUGCAAACAGAAGCAAGUCCCCUGUGUCCAUAUACAGGAGUAAGUCCCCGGGACCUGUGUACAAACCUUCUCCCUUAGCCAGAGCUGAGUCACCCGAGCCGAGUGCCAGAUGGACCAGCCCUUCUCCGGGGAGAGCCAAAUCUCCGGGUCCACUUUCCAAGUCCAAAGACCCCCGACCGAUGUCACCAGAGAACAGAUACGUGUCUAAAGUAAAGCAGAACGGGGGAAAUUCCCCAGGGACGAUCCGUCGAGCGGCGACCCCGGUUGAAAGAGCAAUGGCCCGGACAAACCGGACAGAGGCACGUCCGAACACUCCGAGCGACCGCAGCAAGUCUCCAGGACCUGUCCCUCGUUCACGCUUACCGAGGAGCCAGUCUCCGUUCCCAGGGGAAUCUCAAGACACCAAGGCAUCUAGUAAAAGGCCACCAGGUUUCACAGAGAAUGUCCCUGGCAGAAUCGUCAACUCGGCUCCCGUAUCGCCUGGCACUGGUCCAAACUCCAGCGACAUGGAAACUGCAGGGGACAUUAAUAUCGAUCGCAUAAGAUCGGCCCAGGAUCCACCAAACAGGCACUCUCCGAUAAGCUUUUCCACCACGUCAGCUUCUUCUGAUGCCCCCCGCGCUCCAGACCCGGAAAGUCCAACGAGGCCUCGGCCUUCUACGCCUUCAUCUUUAACUCGACUUCCCAGACCCAAAACUCCAUCUGGGAUCCCGCGCCCCAGCACACCCGUCCUCCGUGACUCUGGAAGCCGGCAGAGUGGUGCUAAAAAGUAUUUCGGUCGCCGAAAUGCUAAAACCAUCAUUAAAGCCAAUUCUGCUUUAUCGAAGGCUAGAUCUGUACAGAACGUCGCAGACCCUGAAUCUAGGGAUGAAGCGGAUCGUGCUGGUAUGGCCAAUGAGAAUAGCGAUGAAACAUCUGAUAAUGAUAGAUCCCGAAGCAGAACGAGGAGUGAAAGGUUUCAGAUCCGCCAGAGGCCUAAAAGUGCGGGACCUCGGCCUUUAGUACGUCAAGAUGCCGAGGACAGGUCCAUUAUAAGCGUGGGAAGAGAAGUCAUCCGGAAAGUCGGCUGGAGGACGACGCCAGCUUCCGCCCAGCCCACGGAAGUGUGUGACUCCGAGCCCAGGGAGCGGAUGGGAAAAACCGGAGCCUGUCGCAAACACGGGUCCGUCACUCCCGGACCAAUGGAUGAUGACCACGAACUGUUGUCUCGACCGUUGUCCGAAAUCAAGCGGCCUCAACUACCCAUUAACGGAAUCACUAAAAUUAAUGUGGAUCCUUCUAAACUGCCGCGCCACCCGAGAUCCGGUUAUGUUUCAAAAAAUGGAGGAAUUGUUUCAUAAAAUAUCGCGAGAAGGAGCUAAAUGGUGGAGAUUCCGGUAUGGAGAACGGUCACGAUAGCGCCAGCACCAAUAGCGAGGACGUCGAUCGCGGCCAAGGCAGUGCCGACGACGAAGGUUCCGUGGACAGCAAUUCAAACAUUAAGUCGAAACUUCGAACCAGUCGUUCUGAUUCAGCAAUAACAAGUACAGACAUUCGUUUGAUGUGACUGACCCCAGUGAUUUAGAAACUGUUCGGUUUGAAGCUUCGGUUGUUGCCCAACUGAGUGAAAUUCUUAAGCCUGGGCCCAAGGAAGGAGCAAGGUAUUGGUGGGAAAUCCCGUAUUCCUGCUCCAGACUUUAGACUACGAUCAAAGUCGGCGUCUGAAAUGCAAAACGGAGAGAGCGAUGACUUUGGGGCGGAUAGACGUGCGUCUGUCAAUGGACGAACCCCUGUGAACUCUAUGAAUUCUCAUUUAGCAUUUAGGCAAUACGAUCCAAGGGCGAGAGUACCUAACUCAGGCGGUGAGGAUAACACCUUGUG